UGGUAAAAUUAUUGCUGUAGGGAUGUGAAGGCGUAAUUACUUCCUGUGUGAUAUGCAUGGCUGUACUGUACGUCGUUACACAUACAUCCUGGAUGUGUGCCUCGCUCAUCUGUAAACGUCAAACAGUGAAGUGUACAUGUUAAGGAUUAUCCUCCAUCUGGGAAGGAAAGUUUUAUCAUUGUUGUUAUAAAGAUGACGUAAAUAACAUUUCUGGAUGACUGUAUCUAUACAACUUAAGACCAUGGAAGUUCGAACAGGAAUGAGACAAGAAAUGAAUAUUAUUUUAAAGAUAUUUUCCAUGUUAUUCAUUUUUCAAGUGGGAAAGGCUCAGAAUUCCAAUCGAUUUUUAGAAAAAGAUUUAGUCAUAAAGACAUUCCAAAAUGACAGCAUCAGGGACCACAGUUAUUUGUACAUAGACAACUCCACUGGGUCACUCUUUGUUGGUGCUAGGAAUUUUUUAGUACAAUUAAAAUUAGAAAAUAUCAGUGAUGAAAGUGGACUGAAAACAAAAAAGGUUGUGGCUUCUGAUGAAAAUAGAAAGCUGUGUUCUUUUAAUGGGAAAUCAGUUGAGUACUGUCAGAAUUACAUUAAGUAUAUUGUUCGUGUUGAUAACGCCACACUGUAUUUUUGUGGAACUGAUGCCAAUACGCCUUCCGAGUAUAAAGUUACGAUAAAUGAUAAUGAAUUAAGCAUAUUGUCAUCUCAAAAAGCCACUGCAUGUCCAAGGGACCCCAAGGACAACACAACUGCAGUUUAUGUCACCAGCGGUAACCCUGGUGACGUACCAGCCCUCUACUCAGCAACCAUCCUUGACAAUGGGAAGGCCACCAUAUCCAGACCGCAACUUGUAAAAGAUGGUGUAAAAAUGAGUGAAAAACUGGAGAAUGCAGACCCCAUCCGCUGGCUAAAUGAACCCCAGUUUGUGGCAUCUUUUGAUGUGGGUGAAGAUGUUUACUUUUUCUUCCGGGAAAUUGCUCUUGAGUACACAAAUUUCAUGAAAAAAAUGGUCUCCAGAGUUGCAAGGGUUUGUAAGAAAGAUCUUGGAGGAAGUAGCUUACUUGUCAACAAAUGGACGACGUAUCAGAAGGCCCGACUGAACUGUUCCUUACCUGGGUCGUUCCCAUUCUACUUUGAUUUAAUCCAGGAUGUACAGUUGGUGAACAAUACCUUCUAUGGAUUAUUUAUCUCUACUGUUAAUGGGUCGUCUGGAUCUGCCAUCUGUGCAUUUACAGUGGAAUCGGUCAAGGACAGGUUUGCUGACCGGGUUUACAAGUAUAGGGAGACUCCUACCUCUAUCUGGACCCCCCUCCCUGCAAUUAAAAUCCCUGAUAAAAGUGAGCCAGGAAAGUGUAUCAACAAUUCAAAGAGCCUGAAGGAUGUCGAGGAGAAUUUUAUGAUGGAGUAUCCCCUAAAAGAUGCCCCAGUACAACAACAGGGGAACAAGCCCCUGGUCUUUAUGGAUGGCAUCCAGAUGCAUGUUCUUCAGGUGGACAAGGAAAGAAGUCGUCAGGGGGGAUCCCUCAUUCUCUAUGCUGCCUCUAAUACUGGAGAAGUGUACAAGAUUCAUUCAUGGAAUAAUGGUAAAAAGCAGGCCAUAUCUACAGUGUUCUCACCAUUACCCAAAUCAGAAGUCAUCUGGGACAUGAAGUUCUAUAAUGAUGAGAUCUACAUUAGUACAGAAUCCUUUGUUAAACAGUUUAAAGUCAUCAUUUGUGACAAGUACAAGAAAAUAGAUGCUUGUCUUAAUGACCCAUACUGCAGUUGGAAAGGCAAUUUCAGUGGAACUUGCUGUGAAAAGGAAAAAUUAUUUAGUGGACUUUCUCAUGAGAACAUUACAGAUCUCGAAGAAAAGUACAGUAAAGCAGAGAGCAGUAAGACCAACAGAACCGUGGGAGUUGGUCAAUCAGUAACCUUACCACAUUAUUACCCCUUUACACUGGAUGGCAAGAAGGUAACAUGGUACAAGAUAACAACAAAUGGUGAAAAGUCCCCAGUUGUGCUUGAUAACAAUAAUAUGAUGAACAGUAACCAGGAUUUGAUUUUGUCUCGAGCCAAAGAAACUGAAAAAGGAACCUAUGAAGCUUUCAUAGAUAACAAGAAGUUAAACACAGUAGAAGUGACUCUGAUGACAACUAACCAAGAUAUGGAGAACGCAUGGAAGGCCAGGUUCACAGAAUGGUGUGAGGAAUUUGACCGUAUCAAGAAAUAUCGUUGCUCUCAAUGCUCUCAAUGCUGACACAGGGUAAAGAAGAUAUGGACUUCAUCUUAACACAUUGGACAACAGCGGCUAUGAAAACCUGCAGAUUUUUUUAAUAUGGAAACUGAAUACAUCCAUUAGAUAUUCUAUGUGAAUUUUUGCAGAAUUUCCAAAUGCAAGUUUGAUUUUCCUGAAGAGUUCCAUUCUGAUAUUGACAUGGAGUGACAUGAAAUCAUCCUAUAGAUAUUGCAAAACUUCAUUUUUACAUCCAUUUUAUUUAUUUAUUUCCAUAUCUAUGUUGAGACUUCUCACCGUUGGAACAUGACAAGUGUUUGUCAUGUGAAAACAGAGGGAUGCCCUCUCCACUAUGCAAAUCAUUGUGAGAUGAGGGAUGAAUCAUUUUAUGAUCCCAAGUGAAUUAAAUUUUCUUAAAAAGAGGUCAAAUGUUUGAUUCAGCACUUGGAUCAGUGAGAUGUCUACAGUAUAUAUACUGAUAAGCUGUAUCAGUGAGAUGUCUACAGUAUAUAUACUGAUAAGCUGUAUCAAUGAGAUGUCCACAGUAUAUAUACUGAUAAGCUGUAUCAGUGAGAUGUCUACAGUAUAUAUACUGAUAAGCUGUAUCAGUGAGAUGUCUACAGUAUAUAUACUGAUAAGCUGUACCAAGUGUCAGAUAUUUUUAAUGGUGUUAUUGAACCUCAGUCAUACAUAACAAAAUGCUGAAUUACAGAACUUCUCAUAUCCAAGAGUACUCUAGUCAGAAAUGUAGAUCUGUAGAGAAAAGAGAUCUGAAUGGAAAAAAAAACUAUGGAUGAAAUUUCAGAGGCAGGAGUUUAAGGUGAGAGGGACUACAAAGUGAGAUGACUCAUCUGUGAUAAGGGUAGUGUGGUAGAUCAGACUUUAAUCAAAAUCUAGCUAGAACUAUUUUAAUGGUAUUUUAGUUUGAUUUGAUUUUCUUUCUUUUCAAAGUAUUUUUAGUACACUAAAUAUUUUAUUCGUGCUUGUGUGAUACAUGUACCAUGUAUACUAAAAUAAGAGUUGAAAAUCCUGCACAAAUUUUGGACUAUUGUAAUAUUUGAGUUUGAAGUCUCACUUUGAUGUUGUAUUGAUGUAAAAUAGGACUAAACAUGUAAUAAAGUACCAGAAACUUAACUAGAA